AUAUAGUACUGGCACCUCGCCAGCCACGAGAUGCGCGUGCGCUAAAUAGCUCCGCGGAUUUUUCAUUUCUUUCUGUUCAGAAAAUCGAAAGUGGCAGUAGUUUAGUUAUGCUCAAAAAAAUAUAAUCAUAGUGAUAUUUGUUGUUCAAGUUAUACAUAGAUUAAUAAUAAAAAAAGUGCUGUGAAAAUGUCGCCAAAGUGUCCAGUUCCACCUUUACAAGAAGUAACUCUAUCAUUGGUAGCUAGACAGUUAAUUCACACUCUGUCGCGAGUGACAUCCGAAGAAGAUGUGGCUCUGCCGUUCGCUAUGGUGUCUUCUUACUACGAAAGUAUGGGAGCGACCAGUGAUAUAUUCCAAGAUCUCCUCAAUCUAAUAUUAAAUAGCGAAUACCUCGAUCCGUCGAUUAGAUAUCUUACAAUGAAAUUGCUCCUGAAAGAAAAUGUCAAGAGUUUAGCGACAGGGAUGUUCCCUUGCCCCUAUUACAGAAAAGUCCUUGAACUGAUUGCGGAGCAAGGUCGACACUUGACUUCUCUCAAUUUAAAAGGUGUGUGGGUGAAAGACGAGCAGCUUUCGCUUUUGUACCAAAUAAUUAAGAACCUGACACACUUAACCGCUCUAAAUAUACCCUACAUAGCUAAUGAUGAAGUGCUUAAGUUCAUUGGAGAAAAUAAUAGAGUUUUGAAAUUGCUGGAUGUGUCCGGUGAAACUGACAUCACUGAGAUCGGUCUCGAUGCUAUGCUAUCGGGCAACCCGCAGCUUACUCAAGGUUUGACUGUCGUAAACAUAGGAACAUAUGGAGAAGAAAACAUAGAUCACACAGAUGUGGCGCUUCUUAUACGCAAACUGCCCAAUCUUACAAACCUUGGAAGUUAUUCGUUCGUCGGAAAGGCAUUGUUUUACGUUUACAAUAAUGAGUGUCCGCCUAAUUUUAAAACGAAACUUCAGUACAUUCAUGAUAUUCAAACAAAUGUAAGAACAAUGAAGGCGAUAACUGCUUUAUGUCCGAUGAUAGAGACAAUUUAUUUAGAGGAGCCGGACCAAGGUGUGUUGCAAAUGGUGAAAGAUCUUCACGUCUUAAAUAAGAUUAAGCUAAACAAAUUCCAGUGUCACGAAUUGCAUCAGCUACUCGAUAAGAUAGGUUAUAAAAUUGUGACUCUUAUGCUUUCUGGUGCCCGGGGAUCAUUUAAUUUUACGAGAAUAGCAGAAACUUGUCAAAAUUUGGAGAGCCUGGAAUUCUACUCGAUACAAACAGCGACGCACGAGGAAGAAGUUCCGUUUAAUAAAUUGGAGCAUAUUGAAAUUAUUGAAGGGAACUUAUCACCAUCUUGCCUGAGGUACCUCAUGACAGGAAGUCCUAAACUCAAAAAGCUAAUCAUCGGGGAUGAAGUUAAAUUAGACGAUCAGGAUAUGGCACGGAUGCUACGUCGCUACAGAUUCGAUAACCUCGAGGCCGUCUGGUUUCCCAACGCUCCUCGAUUGACCGUGGAGACUGUGGAAUUGUUGAUGGAGACAUGUCCAAAGUUACAAAGCCUUGGUGAACUUAGCGGUUGGCGCUACACCCCUGAUGAUAUGAUGUUAAUGCGAGCAAUCAUCGCCAGCACUAAUACUGACUUGAUUCUGUCGCCGCUGGGUAUAUUUCAGCAAGGAAUCUGAAUGUUUAUUCUUAUGUUUGAUAACGUCCGAAUACUGAAAGCCUCUCUUGUAAUGGUACAGCGACUUAAAUGUUUAUCUUUCUGCGUUGUGGUAUCAAAAAAUUUCACUGUCAUUUAACAUUUGAGUCGGUCAUAUUUCAUAACUUUAUUUCAGUAUUCGGUUGAUACUAGGGUUUAUACGAUAAGUGAUUCAUUAAAACUUACAUAUUUAAUUUUUUA